CACUUGAAAAAGAAAUUUCAGCUUAUAACUCUAAAUAUUCAAAAAAAUUAGAGUUAAGAGAGCUGUAAUCAAGAAACAUCAGUUACCAUUUAACUCUCAUCAUUCAACAUUUUGAAAGGAUAAAUAAAUACUAAUGGUGAAAUAAAGUAUUAGUAAACAACGUAGCUUUAAAAGAAAAAUUCGUUAAGAUUUUUUAUCACGAGAAAAUAGCUGAAUUUACGUAAGAAAACAAAUUCGAGCAUGACACCAUGUUUAAUGGUGUUUUUUCUGUUUCUGAUUCUUCGAUGCUCUUAUAGCAAGCCGUAUAGACCUCUUUAUUACACGGAAACGUACGGUGCACCUAGGAUUAGAAUAGUCUAUUUAUAUGAUGAUGAUUAUGAUGAUGAUGAAAAUUCAACUGCUGCCACAACACUAAAAAACAGACGUAAAACAACCACCAUUGUUGGUUCUACAACAACAAUUGCAGAACCAAUGACAGAGAACCCAACCACAACUGUUGUACCAACUGUUCCCGAAUCAACAACAACUGAGCGCAUCACAAAAACAACAAUUGCAGAAUCAACAACAACUGAGCGCAUUACAACAACAACAAUUGUAGCAUCAACAACUACCACAACUGAUGUACCGACUGUUGCUAAUGUAACAGCACCUGAAAGCUCCACAACUGCGAAAUCAACAAAAACAACUCGGUCUACAACAAAAGCGAUGAGUUCGACUUCGAAGAUUGCUUCUCAAGUAAUAGGUAAUUCUGAUUGA